AUGUCGACCUCGACAUCGGCCCAGAUCCACUUCGGCCCCUUCGAGGUCUUCCUAACAACGCCCCACUCCUUCGCCCUCGUAAACCUCAAGCCCCUCCUACCAGGUCACGUCCUCGUCUGCCCCCUAACACGCCACAAACGCCUAACCGACCUCACCACGCCCGAAAUCACCGACCUCUUCACCACCGUACAGCUAGUCCAGCGCCUCCUGGCGCGGUACUACUUCCGCCCCACACCCACGUCGACGGGCGCGACCAUCCCCGCGCCGCCCGAGGAAGGGUCGUUCAACAUCGCCUUGCAGGACGGUUCGGAGGCGGGCCAGACGGUGCCGCACGUCCACGUGCACGUCAUCCCGAGGAUACGCGACGUGUCGGCCAAGGAUCCCUCGGGCGAGGGCGACGCGCUGUAUGAGCGGAUGGCUGCCGAGGAGGGGAAUAUUGGCGGGGCUCUGUGGGAUCGGGUUGCGUUGGAGGGGAGAGAGAGGCCGGUUGCGGGGGGUGGGUUUGCGAGGAUUGAGGAUGCUUUGAGGCAGGGGAGGUCGUUGGAGGAUAUGGUGAGGGAGGUGGAGGAGUAUAAGAAGGUGUUGAGGGAUAUGGGGGCCUGA